UUCUUUGGCUAUAUAUACUUAUGUGGGUUACCGAGUGAAUAUUGAGAAGCAGUUAAGGUGGACCAUUCGCGUUUUCAACCGAGCCAUUUAGUAAGACAAAAUGAUGGCAAAGUACUAAGUAACCUCUGGAAACAAGUGUCAUAUGAGCGUGUGAAAAACGACAUAUGGAUAAAUAUUGGAGUAUGUAGUGCAUGGUAAAUAUCUCGUUGUUGCCCUUCCCCACCUCCCCGCAGUUUACUGAUGACCAAAAGCAAGCAUACCAUGAAGACAAUCCAAAUUCUGAAUGGGAGCACAGUCUAAUCAACUCUCUGGAUAUUGUGACAGCAGUUUUAACGUUGAAAGGGCCCCUAUGUACUCCUAUAUCAUCUUACCCCAGAAUGCAUUGUGACAUCAGAUGGAUAAACCAUUUCUGCAGCUUCCAAAGACAGUGACAAAUUACACUGUUGAUAAAGUGCAAAGAGCAGCUAAACAACUGCCUAUCCCAUGGAUCCAAAUCAGCAACAAUGAGCGAGAGAUUGUGGUGGUCGUUGUUGAAAAUAGCAUGCUAAAGUUCAGAGUGAGCAUAAAGGCAGAUUUUGAGCCCACAUUUAAAGUGUGUGGUUUUUCAACACCAAGUGGGGCAGCGAACAUUGAAAAUUUAAAGUUGAACACCUUUCUCACAAACCUGAGCUGCAAAUAUGUGUGUGAAGGGUGUGACCAGUGAAUUUCCUACCUUACUGAGAGAUAACCAAAGCCACCUGUACUUUAGGCAUGUUACAUGCAAGAAACUAGACAUAAAUCCACAGUUAGAUACAAAGGCUACAUGUUAUUGACAGACAAUAGACAAAUGUGUGAUCCGUGUCAGUAUGUUGUGAAAUUUAAUAAUUCCAUGAGCGGUACAAUCCUAUAUUCAAUAUUCAUAAUCAUCCUCUUACUUUAUCCUUGUAGACCUCUUCGAACCUCAACAAUCAUGAAUGUGUUUUUUUUUCCUUUGAAAAUUCUAGAAAGGGGGAAAGACAACAUAACCGUCACUAGCCAUUGCUUCACUUCUCAUGGAAGACAUGGCAAGUUCCCAGACACUGCGUGUGGGGGAGUUGAGGCUGUGUUUUCCAAGGUCCAGAAUUCACAUUUCUUUUGUACUUUGGAUUUAUGUACAAGUUGAAUUUUUCUUAUAUUCUUUAUAUAGAUUCGUGUAAGUUAUUUCUUUUUAUAAACUGUCAAUAGGCUCAGUAUUCAGGCCUGGCCAGUGCCAUGCAGUAUUUGGUUUUAAGAAUGACCCUAGGAGCAACUGGCUCUAGGAAUGACCCUACAAAGAUUUGGCACUAGUAAACUACUAGGAGCCACUUACCUCAGAAGGAGAAAAUUGCUAACUCAAGAGGUGGCAAGACAGGAAUAAGAGGGUGUGGUCACUUGUUCCCAAGAGGUGGCACCCCAAGAGACAGUGCAUUGUACAACAUCUGUCCCCUAGAGGUGUUAUCAAUCGUUUCAAAUACUGUGGAGAAUAAACAUAUUUUUGUAGAUUUUAGGAACGUCAGUCCCAAGUGACAGCAAUUAAGAGUUUCUUUAAAACCCUCUCAAGUGUGAGCAGUGUUUCAAGUAACUUUGUACCAAACUAAAAAUCCUAGUAUUCUUCUGUCCAACUAUCAAACAGAGAAAAAGAAACUUUUCUUUUAAGACUGCAUGUAAAAUUGAAAUUGUUAGAUAUAAUGAAUAACCUUUUUGGGGAUGUGUACAGACUUUUUUUUUACCUUUUGAAUUGUGUAUAAUUUUACAUAUCAAGUUUUCCACAUUUUUUCUUCAUUUAAAUUAAGACAUGUCGUGCAGGAGUCAGAUUUAGUUGUCUUUUUUAUAAUAAGAAGAAUGCACUAAUUACCCUGCGAUUGCAUGAGUGUUGAUUGCACACGCCAGCGUCUGUGACCAAGUAUGACAGCUAUAAAAAUAGAAGAUACACAGAGCCAAGAGGAAAGCUCUUACUUCCAAAUAAGUGCCCGCUGAGUACAGAUGAUCACAAGAUGUUUUUGAAACUGAAUGUGAAGUAGAACAUUCCUUCAAACCGCUGGUAAAACAAGGAAAACAAUGCAGGAUGUUCAUCAAGACAGAUUAUUGGCUGAGCAGGAUCAUUCACCUACAGAGUGCAUUACACCUGCAAGCCUUAUCAGACAUCCUCCAAUGGGUUGUAUUAAAAUAGCUUCCGAUGUUGUCACCCAGCUGCAGAAUAUUGGAAACACCCAGGAACUAGGAUCAGAUGCAGAGGUCAUCAGUUUCUUGAUUCAGCAGUACCAGAAAUUUUGCAGUUCACAGCCCAUCAUUGACUGGUGUGCAAAAUGUGGAAGCAAGGAGAUAACCUUUACCUGUGUGGCAUGUGAGCAUUCAUGGUCUUCCUUUGAGACUAAGUCUAGAGAUACUAGUGAGAGGAGACAAGUGGAAGAACAUUGUGGUCAUGACACAGUCAUCUUCAUGUCUCCAGAUACAGCAGAAAAACAUGACUCAUUUGUCCCUGAUUGUCAAAUGUGCCCUAAGACAAACUCCUCAGUCUCAAAGCAAGGUGCAGAUGCAUCAGCUCAGAGUGUUCAUUGGGUAGCUGUAUCGGGUGAAAGGUUUUCAACCACCUCAGGCAAGGUGAGUAUUCAGGUCAAAGACUCUGCAGACUCACUGGGACAUAAAUCUUAUUUCAAGAUGACCACCAUGCCUUCAGAGACUCCGACAGAUAGACACAGCAUUGUCUCAGCUGCAAACUAUAGCUUUAAUGAUAGAUCAGACAUGUCAGGAGAUGAUGCAGCAGAUGGGGGCAUUACUGCACUCCCAGUAACCCAGUUGAAUGUGGUCACCUCAGUACCUAAAAACCCUUACCUUAUAAACAGCAUUAUGGCCAGUCCAACCCAUCCAAACCUGUCACAGAUUGGAUUGUCAUUGCUGUCAACACAAAUGGUACUGGAGAACCUGGCUGUUUCCACAGCUUGUAGACUGAUUCACAAUGAAGGCAAUGUAUCAGAAAGAGAGGCUGAAAACAUGUUACCUUUACCUGUGGUAGUCAAAGGUGAAAAGGAAAAUAGAACUUCAGCUCAAAUUGAUGAGUUACAUGAGAACAGUAACAAGCAUCCAGAGAAUGUUCAAUCUCUUCACCAGGAACAGCAUAAAGAGAAAGACAGCAGAAUUUCAUGUCGAUUAAAGGUGAUGCGGCAGCCUCGUACUGUCAGUCAGUCCCAGCAACAGGCUGAAACCAGUCAAAAAGUUCAAAGACCAUUCUUGUGUGAAAUCUGUGGGUUUGCCAACUUGACAAAAGUGGCUUUCCAGCGACAUUUGAUGACUCAUACAGGAGAGAAGCCUUUUCUUUGCCAGCAGUGUGGGGAUUCUUUUAAGGAUGCCUGGGGACUCAAGAAACAUGUGUCUAAAAUCCACAGCAGGAACAAGCUCUAUAAAUGUAGAAUUUGUACUGAUGUUUUUCUUUCCCCACGCUGCCUGCAUUUACAUCUGGAGACAGUACAUUCAGAUCGCAAGACUUACAGGUGUCAAGUGUGUGGCAAGGCUUUGGCUACUGCAAAAAGCUUGCGUCGUCAUAAGCGCAUUCAUACUGGAGAAAAACCAUAUGAAUGUCCCCAUUGUGACCGUGCAUUUAACAAUUCUUCAGGCCGUGUUGCACACAUGAAACUGCACCAAGAUCCCAACUCUGUGCUUUACAUUCCUUCUGUCACUAAACCAUCUUAACUACUUUCAUCAUGGGUAUUUUUGGGGGGAGGGGGAUUUAUAUUUUUUUUAAAUCAUUUUUUCCUCAUUGAAGGCUUGCUACUAUAGUUCUGCAUUUCUUCAUUUUUAUGUUUGUCCCUGUGAUGUUGAGCCAGAGCAAAUUGAUGUUCAUUUCUUUUCAGUUUCUUUAAAUUCAAAUUGCUGCUAUAGAAGCUGCUUAUUAUAUAAUAAAGUCAUUAGCACUUAAAGCCGAAAGUACAGUUAUCACAACCACUAUGGCAGAGCAGAAUAAUGUAUGCACUAUUUUUCUUCAGCUGAGCAAGGCCAGAAGAUCUUCCCUUUUGAAUUAUUCACAGCAAAGAGUAUAGAUAUGUCCAGCACCUUAAAUUUUUAGCCAUAGUACAAAUGUAUUACUUGGGUGGCCUGCUUAUCACUGUUACGGUGCUUGGACAGAGGUAUGAUCCCACUGGAGAAAAGGGAGUUCAGCUGAGCAGAUCGAACAGAGGGAAUUUGUGCACCCAUGAUAAACUGUGUCAGUGAACCAGAGUAGAGGGAUAUUUUAAGGCAAUGGUUCUCAACCUUUUACUUGUGAUGUCCCCCUGACGAACAAAGGUACGUCCGCGCGACCCCUUAGCCAGCAAUGUAAGCUAAUUUCACUAAUACUGUUAUAAGAAACUUGUAAAAAAUGACCACUUUCGCGCGCCCCCCCCCCCCUUCCACCGUUUGAGAACCGCGGUUUUAAGGGUUUUUAUCAGUUAUAGGUCCAGCUGGUAAAAUUCAUGUCAUUGUGUGCCACUCGAGGGAUGCAUUUGUUCUCUAAAUUCAGCAGGCUGCAAAUGCUUAUGCACCAUUUUCAGUAAUUUUUAUUCCAAAACUAUGUAAACAAAAGAAGGAAGAAGUAGGUAAUUUAAGUAGAUAAACUAUUUUUAAAUGGUUACAUUAGAUUGAUACAUCUGCUAUCUGCAAAGAGUUUUAUAUUGCUUAAUGACUAUGAAUAGUGAAGUACACAAGGAACAAAACUGGUCUUAAAAAGAACCUUGCAGACGAAAAGCUGUUGACUGACAGGUACAGAAAAUUAUCCUGCAGCUAUGAAUUAAAUCAUUGAAGGGCUGGAAACAAGGCUGCGCCUGACAGGCUGAGCUGCUUUGCAAUUUUUCUGCUUUCUUGUUAAACUUCUCUGUUUAUUCGUAGGUUUCUUUUAACUGUAUGGUGCAUUCUUGUUUCUCUUAAGCUUUAUUUUGUUUUUGAUUUACUAGUAAUUACCUUAUUUUCUGUUGGUUGCCCUUUUACUUAAACAGCUGCCAUUCUUUGCCAUCACAUAGAUGUUAGAUCUAAUUCUUGUUUCUCCUUUUGUUUCCUCUUCUCUGAAAGCCUUAUUUUAAAUCCUCAUCAACCUAUUGUGGAAGUGAACGGUGUCUGUUAUAUGAGAAUAUGACUGUAUGAUUGUUGGUGAUUUUGUUUAUUUCUGCAUAAAAUUUCUGUACAGCGCUUAGAGCAAAUUGUUGGAAAAGCCCUCUAUAAAGUGUUCAAUAUGUUUAUCAUUGUUCAACAAAUUCUUAGUACCAUGUGAAAGCAAGAAAUGAGAACAGCAUAAUUGAUUAUAUAAAAUACAGCAGAAUUGUCCUAGAGAAGAAGAACUGUUUAUAGCCUAAAGAUGACAGAAUAUCAUUGAGAAUUCGAAGAACCAUUUUGGAACUAUGACCAGCACAGUAUGAAAGGGAUUCUAUGAUUUGAGUUUAAAAGGAGAGGAGUUUUUCUAGCAUCUUUAAGUUCAACAACAGUUCUGAAAGCACAAAACCAAAAGUCGGAGAAGAGUUCAUGAUUUCGGUUAUGAUCGAUGGCAAAACAUUAAGGUGAUUGUACUAUAUUUUAGUGGGAAUGGCAUCUAAGAGUCUUUCCACAUAAAACCAUUUUUCUUACUGGGAGAUCACAUGUCAACAUGAAUUCUAUUCUGUCUAUUGUCAUUAAUAGCUUACAUUCAAAAUAGAAGCUUCAGAUGUAGGAUAAGUAAAGGUUAUCUAAGUGAACAGAGCAAUUCUUCAUCAAACAGUCCUGGAUAUAGUCCUUGAAACAGUCUUCUCAUAUCAAUGGCACCACCUCCUGCCCCACUCAAGUGUUGUGAACGAAAGAUGAUACGGAAUAAAGUGGAGGAACAAGAUCCCUCGGUUUGGCAUAAUCUCUCACUGAAUGUAGUCAGGUCUCCAAUGACAUCAUGAUGUUAACAUAAUGGUCAGCAGUAAAAGUGCAUAUUGAAGUAUUUUUAACUUGCCAAAAGCCUAGGAUUUGAAGAAACACAAGAAUCUGCUGCUUUGUAAGCUUCCCAUUAAUGCUAUUUUCAUGUCUUAUCCAUCUUUUUCUACAAUAUAUGGACCACAGUGGCCUCCUUGGCAGUUUUGCUACCACAAUGCCAAAAAAAAAAGGGGCUCAAGGAUUAUCAUUAGGGUGAAGGAGCAAAUGCAUGGUCAACCAAUGACAUCAGAUCUGUGUGUGUAUACAUGGAGAGUGUAGCUUAGUUCUCUUAGUACCUAGCUGGUGCAUACGGCCUCUACUAGAGAUUUUCAUUUUUGUCUGUCAGCAAGUUAUGUUCAAGGUCAGUUUCUGUUCCUUGAAUUCUUUUUCUGCUGAUUUUUGACAUGUUUCUUUUCGCCAACCACAUUUCCUCUUGCCAUCAGCCAUCCACUGAAGCGUUAUUUUGGGUGGUGCAGCUGGUUUGUAUUCUGCAUUUACUUGCAAAGAGCAAGACUGGAAGGAGAUUGCGCCUGUAGAUUUUCCAGAAUUUUGUACUUCCAAAUUUCUUUAAGGUUUGAUUUGCUUUGGUGGGUCUGUUCUUCACAUCUUUUUUUUGUGUGUGUCUCCACCUGUUGUAACUGCAAGAGAUGUUCAAAAAGCUCUAAGCCUCACCUAGAAAGAAGAACCUUAGCUGAACUUUUUUUUUGUUGUAGUAACACAUUACUACUUGUUAUGAAACUAGAAAAACUACUACAGAUUUCUCCUUUAAUUUGUGUGCAUGUGAGGGAUAGUGCAACAAAUCUAAAAAUAAACAAAAUAGAGGCCUAAGCAGUCAUAAAGUAUCUGUAAAAAAAAGAUAACACCCAAGGAAAUCCAUUCGAACAUGAGACACUUGCUUAGGACUUCCCUUUCUAAGCAAAUGUGAAGAAGUGGGCUGCUGAAUUCAAGUGUCCAUAGGCAUUAGUUCUGGUUCAGUCCUCACUGUUUUAACUGAGAUCUGAGCAAGUAGAGGAUAUGUAAUUUCAUGAACUUUCUCCACUUCUUUGUUGUCAGUUGUGAUGGGGUAUGUUAACUGAUUGUUUCUUUUGUUUGCUUGAUUUUUUUUUUUUUUUUUUUGAUGCAGUUUUAGUUGUUGACAUUUCCUAUGCAUCCUUGUGUUGGCUGGAUCAACAUCAUCUACAUUUUUCAGUACUGAUGUAAAUAUCUAGUGUAUUUCUCUUUGUCUUUUGUUGUUUAUUUCAGAAGCCAGUUUAUGGUCAGUAUGAAUAGGAAUGGCAAGAGAAAUUUAUUUGUCCUUGUUUGAUGUCAUUUGUAAUUUUGAAGUUGUCUGUGAGCUUGCUGUUGCUACCAAGGAACCUGACAAAAAUCUGUAUAUAAUGCUUUAAUUGUAUUUACUAUUUUCUAUGGCAUUCCUUAGUGACCCUUUUUUUGGUAGUGUCUCAUGGUCUAUGCUGUCAAAUGCUUUUUUAAAGACUGUGAACAUGGCAUGGAGAUUGCUGUUUCAUUCUGUACUUUGUUCAAUAAUCUGCCUUUAUUUGACCACUUCAUGGCCUUUUUCUAAAGCCUGCUUAAUGAUGUCAGGAACAGCAGUAAGCUGAAGAGAAGUGAAACAAAACAUUACUGUGUUUGAAACACUUUGUUGACAGUAACAAAUUAUACAUUUUCCAAAUUACUAAAGUAUGUAACAUUGUUCUGUAUGUUUUACACAUUGCAAAAAAUAUUUUCUUCAGUGAAUUGAGUUUAUUCUGCCAGUCUUGGUGAAAACAAUCUGUCAAUCUUAAUUUCAACACUUUGAAAAACAACUUGAUAUUUCCAACCCCUUGACUAUCCCAUUCUAAACCAAACCCAUAUUUGUAAAGAAAAAUCAUUAAAUAAUGUAAUCGCAUAACCUUACUGUCUUGACUCAAUUAAGCAGCAUUUCAUAAACAUUUCUGGGCAAGAGUUUCUGUGGCAGCUGCUGUCGUAUCCUAGAGAAAUGACUAUUUAUAGCCAUGGUUCUCAACCGGUGGUAUGCAUACUCCUAGGGGUACGCAAGGAUUAUGCAGGGGUAUGUAACGACAUAAAUAAGCACACACCUUUAUGAAAAUAAGUACUUUAAUGCGCCAACUUACAUGCGAGGGGUACCCACGGAAUACUUUCAUCCUUUGGGGGUACAGUCGCGAAAAAUGUUGAGAAUCUCUGAUUUAUAGAGAGUCUAGACAGAGGACUUUGACCCUGUCUGAGUGGGGAGGUGUAUGUAGGAAGGCAUGAAAGCUGGGAUACAGAGACUAGGGGGUAGAGGUUGAACACUAAGAGAGCAAGGAAAUGUUGAGACGUAGAGUAGAGAGUGAAACUUAUGUGUAAAUAAAUAUAUGCACAAACGCUCAACCAAAGUAAAGUGUUGGUAUUGUGAGAGAAGAUAUAAUAGCUGCAAUACUUUAAGUCAAUGUGCAAUGCAUUGUACAUGUGCAUUAAUACAUACUGGAUAAGCCCACAUUCACCAUAAGCCAUAGUGUUGGGAGUGCUUCAUAAAACACUGAGGAAUUUCUUUGUUGCAACAAGUAUAUGUUUUUCCACUAUGCUAUUAUUUGUACUCAGAUGUCAGAUCUCUAGAGCCAUUGAGUAAUAUAGGCUGGAUCUGUGCAUCAAACAUUUUAAAAGACUAGGACUGACUAUGAUCAUUAUGAGGCCAAAAUGCCUUGAGUAGACCUAUAACACCAAUUUGAGCUUUAAAAGCAAGGUCAUAAAGUGAAUGGGUACAAACACAACAAAAGUGUGCCCAAAUAUUCGUACAUGUUGUCAAUCUCAAGUUUUCUCCCAUCAUAUAACCAAUUUCUCGUGUUGCAAUAAAACCACCCUUUCUGAAAACCCCUACAUUUGACAUUCAUGUUUACCUGUAAGAUCUACGUUUUUGGCAGUAUGAUACAAACUAAUAAGCUAGUUUUGGAGACCUACAAUUGUAUCAGAAAACAAAGUAAUGUCAACUACAAACAAUAAAUUGAACAGCUGCAACAAAUCAGGUGUGAGUUUGAUGCCAUGUUGAUCCUUUUGCCUGAUUUCAAUUGUUAAAUGAUUGACAAGCAGAAUAGGACAGGACUGCAGAUUUCUCCCAGUUUUAAUCCUUUUGGACAGGUUAAAACAUCCAGAUUUCCACCAACCCUUAAUCUGGCUUUAACAACUUUGGUACAUACUUUUGAUAGCCCUAAACAUUUUGCCAUGGAUACCAUUUUUUUUUUGUAAGAACGUCCAGAGUUUUUCUCUAGUCACUGAAUUGAAACCUCUCUGAAAAUCAAUGAAGACCACAGUUUUUUGUGUGUUUAACUAGCUGCUUCUGAAUAAGUGCUAUCAACGUAACUAUGUGGUCUGUUGUACUAUGAGCCCUCAUAAAGCAUGCUUAUUCUUCACCAAGAGUAUUGUGUUGCUUGAUCCAUUUGUUUAUUCUUUUAUUAAAUAAGGAACUGUAACUGUUACUACAUAUAUAUACCUCUAUAGUUUUCUGGUGGAUUAAUAUCACCUUUUGUAACAUUUUAUAAUAGUUUAAUGGUAGCUUCAGACCAUGGAUCAGGAAGUAAACCGUUUUCAAAAAGGUCGUUAAAUAAGCUAAUAGAAAAGGAGUAAUGGUUGUUAAAGAGAGUUUGAAAAACACAUAUUAACCCAUCAGAACCUGCUGCUUUAUUGUUUUUCAGUGAAAGGACAGCCCUUUCUACUUCUUCAGCAAUGAUUGACAUCUAAAUUGCCAAUAUUUGUAUAAUCAAUAUUACUAUGUCUUCACUGUUUACCAUGAUGUCAGAUAAAGAUAUCACUGAAAUGUCUGUGCUAAAUCUCAACAGGUAUAGAGUUGCUCUCUUCUUGUAUGUAUGCCAGAAAAUCUUGUGGUCAGAAGAACUUUCCUUUAGGGUUGUCAGUAAAUGCUUUUUAUGAAGGGAUUUCUUUACUUGCAAUAGCUUUUUGUACAUUUUUUAAUUUUCCAGGUAGGAUAGUUUAGCUUCCAUGAUGCAAGGAAAUCAUAUUAUCAGACUCCAGUGAUGAGUGCAGUUCUAUGGGCAUAUAUGCUUAGACUCAAUCAUAGACUUAAUGUUGAAGUCUUUACACCUCUUGAACAGUGAUUUUGACAAAAUAGCAUAAUCUAUCACACUAGAACCUAUGUUUAACACAUAUGUGGAAACAAAGCUCAAGAUAUGCUAGUUUACCAAAAGGAUAAAUGAUUUGCAGAAUCCGAUCGUUUUAAGCCAGGGGUGAUAAACAUUUCAUGGUGUGGAAACAUAUCAGGGUUAAUAUUUUCGCAAAAAGUUUCAACCAGUAAGGUAAAGUGGAACUCAUUAGUGUGUUCCCACACAACGAGACAUAUAUGCAGGAAAAUCCUAUGUUGUGUGAUAAAAAAAUUAAAGUACUGUAUUUAUU